AUGCCCGCACCCACAGUCCGCGCUGUGCUCAUCGCCUCCUGGGCCCUGGACGUGAGCAUCCGGCUGAGAGGAGGAGAGGCCGGCCCUGUCCCUGGGGAGCCGGGACACCUCCGUGGACGCGAGCAUCCGGCGGAGAGGAGGAGAGGCCAGCCUUGUCCCCAGAAGCAGGGACCUGCCCUUCCACGUCCCCGGGUGCAGGGAGACCUCUGGUCUGGAUUCCCUCCUGUUUCUCGCCAGGGGACCACUGACACGUCGAGGCAUUCUUGGCUGUCACGACUGGACGUCCUGUCACCUAGCGGGUGGAGGCCAGGGAGGUGGGCAGACACCCCGCGACACCCCACGGCGCCCGGGGUGGCCCCCGCCACAAGAGGACCCGGCCCCGGUGCCCGCAGUGACCCACCUGCCACCCCGCCCCAGGAAACAGACAAGCAGGCGCCGCGCUGGGGUUUUACCAAUUUUAUUUCUAGACUUUUCACGUUUGUCUUGUUUCCUGCUGGAAACGUGCCGGUUACAUGUCUGUGCUGGGAAACACCGUGGUGUGCGACCAUAAACACACAGACCCCCAAGCGCCCGCCCGCCCGGACCCCCCCGCCCCCGCCCACUCGCCAGUCCCGGGACAGACUGCCUGUGCCCCCAGACCUGCCCCCGCCUUUGGCCUCAGAGCACACACGUUCCCCCACCCCCUGCCACCGGCAGACUGUCCUGCUCGGACCCCGUUUGGUUCAGACAGAGGUGCCGCAGCCAGGAGGGUUGAGGUAA